AUGCUGUUCCAAGCUAUGAGAAAACCUGAAGAUCAUCUGUUGAUCAGUCAAAAACAAAUUUAUCCCACUGGUUCAAAUAACCUGUUGAGACUUGCUUGCAACUCAUGGAUCGAACCUAUCGAGAUGUGCAAAUUUUCUAAAGUAAAUACAAGUAUGGAGACUACUUCCGAAGCUAGACCUUCUGAUUCAAUUACAUUGGUUCCAGAAGGAGAUAGGAGUGUAUCGACAGAAUCUUUAACAAAUGAGGACAACGAUUGGGAUAUAGUUGGUGACGACUUGUUAUUAGAUAUUACCGAGGAGGAUGUUUCACGGUUGGUUGAUAUAUUUCCUGGCGCAUGUAAAUUCGAGUAUGGAAAUGGAGAAAAUUCUGUGUUCUAUGGAUGUUGUAAACGUUGUUCCGAUCGUCUGAAACCAAAUAAUGCUUUCCUGGAUCAUUAUGAUGCUUGUUUUUAUUGUAUUAAUUGUCAUCAGUUACAAGAAGCAAUUAUUCCUCGUAAUCUUAUAAUGAAUUGGGAUUUUUCGCUGAAACCAGUUUGUCAAAUUACACAUCAAUUUCUUAGUGCAUUAUAUAAUAGACCAGUGAUAAAUUUAGCUAAAUUAAAUCCUAUCCUUUAUGCUACUAUACCGAAUUUAUAUUUAAUUAGACAACUUCGACGUACUUUAGUUUUGUUAUGGGAUCAAAUAAUUAGAUGUGAUGGUAAAACAACUGAAAAACUAUGUGAAUGUAUGGAUGGUCGAAUGUAUAUGCUACAAAAUAUCAAUGAUAUUGAUAUAUAUUCAAUUGAGGAUUUAAUACUUGUACAAUCUUCAAAAUUAGAGGAACUACUUAAAAAUACAAUUCAAGAUGUUGCUUUAGCACACGUACGUACAUGUAAAGCGUGUAGACGAAGAGCGUUAAUCUGUGAUUUUUGUGGUGACUUAAAUAAACCCAUAUGGACACAUGAAUUUACUACUUAUAAACGAUGUAUCAAUCCAGGUUGUUCAAAUGUGAUGCAUAUUGAUUGUUUGUUAAUGAUGGUUACAGAUUUAAUAUCUAACGUAGAUUGUUGUUUUCAACGUCAAUCCACUACAAUCCCUUUAAAAGAUUAUUCUCAAUUAAAAUUUUCUGAUAUACAAUGUAGAACAUGUAGAGAAUAUUGUACAUUAUUUUCUAGAAAUAAUCAAACUAUUGGACAUUAUGCUGAUCCAUUUUGUUUACCUAAAAUAGAUUCGUAA